AUGUCAGUCAAUUCUGAAAUGACUUGGGCUGAACGUGCAUCUCGUGGUUCUACUAUGAGGUUCUAUCAGCCAUCCAAGAGGCGUUCGGUGGAGGCCGCCGCUUCUUCUUACCCUUUGGUGGGUUCUGUGAUGUUUGAGGAUGAUGAUUUGAAGAGUCAAAUCUUAGCUAGUAAGGCAAUGGCGAUUGUGCAGCAGGCACUUACUUCUGGUUCAGUUCUCUUUUCUUUCCGUAAGGGUUUGUUUGGUGAUCGUGUGGAUGCGUACAAGGUAAUUAAAACCCAGGUGUCUUCUUUGGUGGAAUUUCGUCCUUUAAGUGUCUACGAUGAAAAGAACGAUGGUUCUUUCCUUAUUGAAGCCAAGUUCGAGGAGGUGGAUGAUGCGAACAAGGCUAUGACAACUGGUGUUAACGUGAAUGGCAUGGUGUACAAGGCUGUUCACGCCAAGGAAUGCAAGGAGUUUGGUGAUUUGAAGUUUGUCCAGUUUACUUUGAUGCGCAUCUUCAAAGAGCCUUCUUUAAUUGAGCCACAUACUGACCGAUCUUUGCCAGAACUUUGGGAUCUAAAUCAAAGGUGUAAGGCCAGGCACUUGCUUUAUCAAGCUUUGCUUCUUUCAGUUCUUCGAUAG